UAGCACUAUGUUCAUGCGUACGUUUAUUGUUUGUCUUUUUUCGGUGUCUUUUUGCACUGGUCAGAAAACGACAAACAAAACUCUCCAGAAAGCUGCUGUUUCAAACCUUGAGUCCCGCGUGGCUAACCUGGAGAGAGUCCUAGCUAGUGUUCUGACUGGGAAGAAUAAUGCUAACGUUACUGAUAUACAGGCCAUAAAGUUCUCGAAAAAAGAACUAUUUCCAAUAAGAAAGAACCUUGUAGCAUUCUCUGCCUGGAUGAAAACAAAAUCUGGGAUGAGUCCGGGAUUUACACUCAAAUUCGGUAAUGUUACAACCAAUAUUGGAGAUCAUUAUCAUUCAACAGACGGAAUCUUUAUCGCGCCUGUCCAUGGACUCUAUAUGUUUCACUGGACCAUGAACUGUUUCCACAGCGGAAGUCACCACUGCGCAACCUCGCUAAUGGUAGAUGGUGUGAAGAAGGGCUACAUUAUAUCUGGGGAAAACGCUGGAAAUUACUACCACACGGGAUCCAACACCCUGCUGUUGGAGGUGAAGGCCGGAACACAUGUGUGGAUUCAGGUGGAAACAUACACCAAUGUUUACCUGUAUGACUACACCUCUUUUUCAGGCUGUUUGUUGUCACUGUUUUGAUUUCGUCAACUAUGUAUAAGCCUUCGAGUUUUCUCGCUUUGUAUGGAUGAAUACGUUUCAAAAGAGAAUUGCAACUCAGUUUCACUGUAUAUUUUUACUUAUCGAGCAAACUUAGUACAGCUAUAAAAAUUUGUAUACUUUUUUAAAUUUGUUGAGACUAUCAAUUAUUCAUUUACUAUCUUUGUGAUUUUUGCUUCUUUUUUUCACCAAUUUUGCC